AUGAGUGAACGGCUUGGCCACAAGAUCACGGUUGCCACGCUCGAAGCCUAUGCCAGCGAAGCCAAGACCGGCAACAACAUCACCGUUGAACGGUUCAUUGCCCUCGUCGAGGCGACAGGAAAGAUCGAACUGCUCGGGUUCCUUGCCGAAGACUUCGACAUGGCGGUGGUCCCACGCAAGUUCGAGAACGUGAUCGAGCUGGCUCUGAUCGAAGAAAUCGCCGAUCUCGCCCUGGAUGGAUUUCCGUCCACCAAGCGAGGCGUCCAGAAGCUGGCAGACCGCGAAGAAUGGGCUAACUGUGGUCUUGCCCGCAAGCGUGAAGGUCGCGAGGGCGGCGGUGGGCUGGAAUACCAUAUAGAUCUCCUGCCCCUGCCCCAGCGCCUUCAGUAUGCCGGGACAUUCGUCCGGGUUGAGCGCGAAGACUAUCAGACGGAAACGACCAACGAACUGACCAGACGCGAAUGCAGCGUUCGCGAUGCCAAGCUGAUUGUCCUGAAAGUCGCUGAACGGUUCCGCAAGACCUGCGGCAUGGGUGGAACCGCGUCCGACCAUCUGUUCAAGCAGCUGUUUGAAGACGACAAGGUGCCAUUGCCCGAGUGGGUUCUGGAGAACGUCAAGACGGUCUCCAGACGCUCACUUGCCCGUUGGCGCAAGGACAUGCGGGAAGACAUUAAUCGUCUUGCGCAUGACCCGUCCAAAGCCCGGAAGGGAACCGGUGUUCUCGAUCGCGCCGAAGGUGGUGAAGUGCGGGCCUUUUGCCUUGCGGUUUACGUGUCGAACCAGUUUCUCAGUGCCAAGCACAUUCGAAAAGCUGCGAUCGACAAGUACGGCCCGACGAUACUUGUCCGGUUUGCGGCAUCCGGUGCGAAGCGGGUCGAUCGGUUGAACGAACGGUGGGAAAUCGAUGCUUCCCCGUCCGAUGUCAUGACCACGGAUGGCCGCAUGAACAUCUAUGCGGCGAUCGACCUCUAUUCCCGCCGCGUGAUCAUCCUUCGCGACUUUGCCGCAACCCUUCCCGGCUUCAUUGGCCAUUCGGUUGCCGACCGGAAAGUGAUCGAAGCGCGCAAGUCCUUUUCGUCGCGGCUCGGCACCGACGAUGCCAAACUGUUCAACGUCGAAAUGUCCGCCGCCGAGCUGCAGGAGCAAGCCGACCAGUGGGCCGAUGAAAGCUACGGCAACACUGCCCAUUCGGGCCUGAAAGGCAAAACUCCGAACGACGUUGCCCGUGCCUGGAUGGAACCGGUCAAGGCAAUCUCGGAUCCCGCCGCCCUUGAUGUCUUGCUUGCGCCCGUCGCGGGUCAGGACGGGCUUCGGCGGGUCACGAACCAGGGCAUUCGCGUUGCUGGAGAAUUUUACUACACCGGCGAUGUCAUGCCCGGUACCGACAUCCUUGCCCGCCACGACCCGGAAGAUCUUGGGCGGUUGUGGCUCUUCGACCCUGACGGCGAAACCUACCUUGGCGAAGCAGUUAAUCCAGACCUUGCGGGCCUUGACCCGGCAGCGACCAUUCAGAAGGUCCGCGCCAUGCAGAAGAAGGUCGAGGAGGACCAGCUCGCAGCCAUCCGCAAGCAAAAACGGGCGAUUACACCGCGUACAGUCGCGGAUGCGCAGCGCGCUGCCUACCAAUCCAAUGCGGACGUCCUGCAGUUCCCCAAACCAACCGACGAUGCUUUCUGGCUGACCAACUAUCAGGCCGGAGCUGAAUACCGGGCGCGAAACCUUCUCUGGAACGAGAGGGAAGCGCGUCAGGCCCGAAACAUCAACAUGUCGGGAAUGAAAAUGACGAACAGCAAUCAACAUGUCAAUGGUGGACUGGCGGCGGUGAAAAAUGUCGCUCGCUUCCUGACGCUGGUCCAAACCCUGAUCGACAGACCUGAGGGCCUGCCGGGUAUCGGUUGUUUCUAUGGCUUUUCCGGGCUCGGGAAAACCAUGGCUUCCGUCUACGCGCAGAACAUGACCAAUGCCAUGCGCAUUGAGGUCGGCGAAAGCUGGACCCGCAAAACCCUGCUGCAAAAGAUCCUUGUCGAAGCCCGUAUCGAACCACGCAGGGCAACGAUUGCCGAUCUCACCGAAAUGGCGAUCAACGCCCUCUCCGAUAAUUGGCCGCGCCCGCUCUUUAUCGACGAAGCCGACAAGCUCGCUGACAAGGGCAUGCUGGAGCUUGUGCGGGAAAUCUAUGAGCACAGCCAGACGCCCCUUCUCCUGAUCGGCGAAGAGCGGUUGCCUGAAAAGCUCGAGACUGUCGAGCGCGUUCACAACCGCAUUCUUGAAUGGGUGCCGGCAGACUAUUGCGACCAUGACGAUGCGCGCAUGCUCGCGGAUCUGAUCUGCCCCAACCUUGACCUGUCAAACGAGCUGAUCGACCACUUGCUCGAGACUGGUAAAGGCCGUGCGCGGUCGCUGUGCAUCAACUUCAACCGCAUCAAGGAACGCGCCCGCAACCAUCGGGAAAACGCCUUCACGAUGGGGUCCUUCGAUGAAGACUUCUUCUUCACCGGCAAGCGGAACCAAGUGCGCACGCCGAUCCUCGAUCGAAUGGGCAACACCGGAACGCAGGGGCUUGGCAAUUCCUUCAUGUGGAAUGCCAUGCGCAGCCUGACCUUCUUCGACAAGCACGAAUUGUCGCUCACCGCGUCAACACCAGACGUCCAAAUUUCCGUCAGUACCGCCUUCACCUAUGCCAUGCAUCUGGAACGCGCCGGAUAUCUGAACAUCGUUCGGAAAGGCAAAUCCACCACGCCUACAAAAUGGCGCUUGAAGCCGUCCAUGAACACCGGCCCGGACGCUCCGAAGAUCCUGCGAGUGCGCCGCAUGACCAGCAACCCCACAAUGAUGGAGAAGGCAAACUUUGCCUGGAACGGCACGCCGCCCGAUUGGGUCAGCGAGUUGGCGCAAAUGGCCAACUCCAAAGGCUUGAACAGCGUUGCGCAACGUCUUGGAUAUUCCGCAGCGGUCAUAAGCCAAACCAUCGGGAACAAGUAUCCCGGUGAUCUGUCGAAAGUGGAAGACAAGGUGCGUGGCGCUCUGAUGGGCGAGAAGGUCGCCUGCCCGGUUCUUGGAGCGAUCGGCCGGGACAAAUGCCUCGACGUUCAGGCAUUGCCACGGGCUGCAACGAUGCUUAGCAGUGAUCUGAGAAUGUUCCGCCAGCAGUUUCAUGAAAAUAAAAAUGAACGCGGCGAACUUCUGAUCCCGGCCCAUACCGUCGAGCUGAUGGACAUGGUGUUGAGCGACUGCAUCGAUGUCGCCCGGCACCUGGAGGCAUCGCGUGUUCAGCGCCCGGUGACCUUGUUCGAUCUCAAGGAUCCGAAGAUCAGGAUCUUCCCUGUCCUGCGCCGAUCAAACACCGUCGAAAUUCCAAUCCAAACGCCCGACGACGACGGCGCGGCUUGA